AUGGCCAACUUCUUUGGUGAUGGUGCCGACGGUUUGGACCCGUCGCUCCUCGACCCUACCCUGCGUAAUGAAACGCAGAUUAUCCCAAACACCGUACACAUUGUCCCAUCAUAUUCAGCGUGUGUCUCGACCGAGCGCGAGAGGAUCUUAGCGUCGAAGAGCUCGAUGGAUGUCCGACGGGUACGCAAGCGCCCUGCCCCUCCCCGCUUAUCCAACGCCGACGACGAUGGCGAUGACGAUGACGAGGCUGCCGCCGCCGAGGUUGCCGAGGAUGACGCUCGUGGGCGUAAGCUCACGAGCGUCAGCCUCUGGCAAAUCUUUUUAUACCACACCCGCCGGCCCGAGAAGGAUGAGGAAUAUAUCAAGUCUAUAUAUGGGGAGUCUGUGGACCCCCAUGGGCUGGAGUGGGCGAAUGCCCGCCAACAUUUCUUGGACGACCAGAAGAACUGCAAGUUUCGGGUCAUUCACAACAUGGAGCAUGCUCAGCAGCCUGAGUAUACUCUCCUGCUCGACACCAGAGUCGAUGUCUCCCGCCAGGUCCUGACGCCCCUGGCCCAUGCGGCCUGGUCACCAGAGAACUGGACCAAGGUAUGGACGUAUUUGGUUGGCCGCGUCGAUUACGACGGCUCCCAUGUUCUUGGCCAGUACUAUAUGCGUACAAUGUUCCAGAGUCUGGCGGUGGAGGUGGCGGUGUACCUUCGUGUUAAAGCGAAGGAUGAGGAUCUCGCCCUUGCCCGUCGUCAAGAACUCCUUGAGUUCUAUGAUGAUAUGACCAAGAAGCCGCGCAAGUAG